AUGGAAAAAACUCCGGCGAAAGUCCCAGACACCUCUUCGAAGAAAGACACUCCCAACUCUGUAGUCAAUGAAAAGGAAAAGAAAAAGCAGGCCUUCCUGGUCAGAGCUUUCUGGACGUUGGUGAUGAUAGCAGGAAUGUUUUUCAUAAUUGGAGCAGGCCAUAUUUGGACCAUUCUGCUGGUGGUUUUGCUUCAAAUAUUGGUUUUCAAAGAGUGUAUCACCAUCACCACAGAGAAGGCUCGUAUUGAGAACUUGCCCUUUACUGCGUCGUUGAAUUGGUACUUUCUCAUCACUUCGAUUUACUUUUUGGAUGGCGAAAGCUUGAUCUACCAUUCAAUCAACAAAUUGCAGACUGAAGAUUACGAACGAGUGUUUGAGUUUUUUAAAUUUUUCAUUGUCAAUCACCGUUUUAUCUCCUACUGCCUUUACGUUCUCGGAUUUGUUUUCUUUGUUGCCAGUCUUACCAAAGGCUAUUACAAGUUCCAAUUUGCCCAAUUGUGUAUCACUACAAUGACCCUAUUACUAGUAGUCGUUCAGGCUCAUUGCAUAGUGAACAACAUUUUGAAUGGUUUAAUUUGGUUCCUCUUGCCCGUGGGCUUGGUUAUCGUCAACGAUAUUUUUGCCUACCUGUGUGGAAUCACCUUCGGUCGUACUCAACUGAUUGAAAUUUCGCCGAAAAAGACCGUUGAGGGAUUUGUGGGUGCUUGGAUCUGCACUGGGGCUUUUUCAAUGAUCUUGAGUUAUGUUUUCUCAAAAUACACUUACCUCAUCUGUCCUGUGGAGGACAACCUGUCCGCUAAUUGGUUUACUGGAAUGACAUGCGAUCCUAAUCCAAUUUUCAUCCCUCAGAUCUUCAAAUUACCAGAAGUUCUGGUGGAUUUGGCUGCCAGAGUUGACUAUCAAGUCGAUUUUGUUUCCUUUAAGCCAAUUUACUUCCAUUCCAUGGUUCUGGCAACCUUCGCUUCAUUGAUUGCUCCAUUCGGAGGUUUCUUUGCAUCGGGUCUUAAAAGAGCUUUUAAAGUCAAGGACUUCGGUGACACAAUUCCCGGUCACGGUGGUAUCACUGAUCGAAUGGACUGUCAAUUUUUGAUGGGUUCUUUCAGUUACCUUUACUACGAGACCUUUAUCUCCAAUAAUAAGGUCAAUAUUGGCACCAUCUUACAAUCCAUUGUGAUAAAUCUGUCCGAAGAUCAAAUUGUUAUAUUAGUACAGAGUUUACACAAGUAUUUAUACAAAAUUGGUGUGAUCAAUGAGGACACUUACAAACAGCUAGUGAAUCUCAUUUAG